GUCGAUCGUCGUCGGUCGGGGAGUUCUGGAAUAAAAUCAUUGCCCCGUUCUCCGAUGCCAAUUAGUAUUAGCUCAGUGCUCGAUCGAGAUCGAUCUCAUUAGGCAAACCGAACUCGUACAUACUUCGUAAGGGAGGAGAACUUGUUGUGCUCGCAUUGCAUGGAAAAGUUGUGUUUUGUUUUACUAUUGCUACUAUCGAUAUACUGACUAACUAUCAGAGCUUUAGAGAUCAGUGAUUUGUGCGUGGAACUGCUGAAACCGCGCGCGCUUUAUCGGCAAGUGAUUUUCGCGGUGGGCAGACAGACAGACAGAAGUGUGCUGCUUCCUUUGUGUGAGAUAUACGCUUCUUCCGCUUCGGUCUUUAUUUUUUUUUUAUUUCGGGGUGCCACCGCCCGCCGCGUGCCUUUGUGUAAAGAAAAUAAACUUGUUUCAUUGUUAUUUCGGAUGAUUGAGGUGUUGUUUACUUCGGUUCGCGAGAAUUCGACUGGAGUAAAAGUGUCUCAGUGUGGUUUCGGCUUCGGCAAAGAUUUGAUCUAAUUUACGAUAGCUACGGCAAGCUAGAAACGUUUUUUUUUUGAAGACAACUAUCGGUUGGUGUAAGAUCUUCAAAUGUUUUGAGUGACCAUAUCGAUACGCAUUAAUUUGAACAAAGUCCGCAAAUUGAAAAUAAACUUUGGAGAACAGUUUGUGUAAUACGUUGAAAGGCAGGAGAUCUCCCAUGACGAUACGUCUAAAGCCAAUAAAGCAAAAAACCAGCAACGACACCGGCAGAAAUUCCCGUUCCGCAUCUCGACGCUUGACGAGCCCCUCAAGAUACCCGACGGCCGUUGCACCGCGCAGUCACAGUCGCCGCCGGACAUAAGAGACCUAGCAGAUCAGAGCAGAGCGCACUCGCGAACACGCAAACGACCUUGAUCUUGGGAAAGUGUACCCGUCUGCAUCGGCUACUUGGGCAACCGGCUGCAGUGCUUCAUCCCACCCAUCCCAUCCCAUCCCAUCGAGGAGUCAAGUGCACGGAGAUCACGAAGAUCUCUAACUGUGCGAGAGCGCUCUCUUUUGCCACUGCAAAAGAAACGCACCAUCCCGCCGUCGUCGGCCGUCGUCCAUCAUCCACUGGUCUGUUUGGGUGGUAAAUAAACAUUGAAAAAAGCAGACGAAAACGAGAAUACAAACGAAGAAACUCACCCAAUUGCCAAUCCUACACAGUCAGUUGGUUAGUCCGUGAAUGAGUCAGUGAGAGAGAGGAGGCCCCCGCCGUCGGAUCGCGAGCUAGUGACGGGCUAUCGGUUUGGAUUUUGAUUUUUUCGCGAUCAGUGCGAAGUAAAAGUUGAACCGAGCAAGAUAUUUACGGAAUUCGAGUGAGCCCCAGUGUGAAAACAUUUUUCUUUUCGGUGAGCAUUUUGAAAGAACAGCAUUUUGGCGCAAGUUCGGUUUUGCGAGACAAUGAUGAGUAGAGAUCCAUCGUUAAUGGACCUGCUGCCCGAGGGUCACUUCGGGAACCAGCAGAAGUCGGGUCAAGUGUCGCGUAUGAUUUCAGAUGAUUCGUCGUGCGUUUACCGUGGCACCUGUCGGAAGGAUUCGUCGGAUAUAGGGGAAAUGUUCGUUAAUUCGAGGAAAGCUAUCGACGUUGAGUGGUUUUACGAAGAGGAGGAAGUAGAUCUGAGUCAGUUCGAGAACGAAAAGCAAACCCGAGAAUAUUUCCGCAAGAAGCUGGCGAUCUUCGAGGCAUCGAUGAAGACACCGAUGGCCGCGAAUCGUCGGCUGGCGGUACGUAAGCUCGAAAUGGAGGGCGGCUUCGGCGAGCAGGAGACGGAGAACGACGAAUGUGUACCACCGAAGCAGUUGCUGAUGUACUUAGUCAGAAUGGGCUCCUUUACGUCGGCGCCACAAAUCAAGAACGUCGACUGCCAGGAUGACAAGCUGGAGAUAUCGGACGGGAUGUCCAUCCCGGAUCUGGUCGAGUACUGUCGGUUCAUGCGGGGUGAAGACCGACCGCAGCUGGUGACGCGAAAGUUCCUCCGGCCGGACGAACGGACCAGCCAGCCAAGUCUUGCCGACGGCUUCCGGAUGCUGAAGUUGGAUGCCAUUUCCAAGACGUGCAGUGAACCAACAAAAACGACAAAUUCGGCUCAGCUACGGAUAUUCCAGUGGAAUAUGCUCUCGCAAACUCUCGGGAUGCACAAUGACGGUUUUGUUAGGUGUCCUAUGGAUGCCCUCACGUGGGAGUGCAGACGAUAUCAAGUGGUUCAAGAGAUAGUACAAAGCGAUCCGGAUAUUAUUUGCCUUCAGGAAGUGGAUCACUUUAAAUUUCUCCAGAAAAUUUUGGCCACCCAAAACUACGAAGGAGUGUUCUUCCCCAAGCCGGACUCGCCCUGUUUGUACAUCAACGACAACAACGGACCGGACGGCUGUGCCGUAUUCUACAAGAAGCACCGCCUCGAGCUGAUCAACCAUUUCACCCGGAUACUGGAGGUGUGGCGAGUUCAGAGCAAUCAGGUAGCGAUAGCGGCUCUCUUCCGGACGCGUGACACCAAUCAGGAGAUCUGCGUUACCACCACCCAUCUGAAGGCCCGUAAAGGGGCUCUGCUGUCGAAGCUGCGCAACGAACAGGGUAAAGACUUGCUGUGCUUCAUCAACGGCGUUGCCGAGAAGCGUCCGGUCAUCGUGUGCGGUGACUUCAAUGCGGAACCCAUCGAACCGAUCUACAGCACCGUGUUGAACUACAAUCCUCUCGGGCUAGCAAGUGCCUAUUCUGAGCUACUGGCCCAGGAAUUUCCCCAACUGGCAACUAACGAAAACGAUCAGAACGUGCUGAACAUGGUUCCCCUUCAGCAGCAUAGAAACAGCAUUGGUUCUAAUCACAGUGUCGAAGAUGAGUGCAAUUUAAGUAUCGCCGAAAGGACAAAAGCCGAACAGUCGGCUGCCUUCGAACCCCCCUACACGACCUGGAAGAUACGGGAAGAGGGUGAAGUGUGCCACACAAUUGACUACGUCUUCUAUUCCAAAGAUCACAUCACGGUGAAGAAUUGUCUCAUGUUCCCCUCGGGUGACGAGAUCAGUCCGGAUCGAACACCAUGUUAUAAGUACCCUUCCGAUCACUUUUCGCUAGUCUGUGAUUUUGAGCUACAAUCAACCAGUAGUAAUCAACAGCAGCACCAACAGCAAGAAAAAGAACAGCCACAGCUCUAAGGACGCUUCUCAGAACAACUGAGCAAAGCAAGGUAACACACGUGUCAUUGAGUGGAUGCUAAAGGAAAACUUACGACCGUACCGAAAGUAUCAAAUUAGCAUGUAAGGACCAUUGAGAAACUGUAUUUUAAGCUAUGCUUAAAAGCACAAACCCCCAAUUAAUGAUUACAAUUCGCGAAAUCUUCCACAAAGGAUACAGUAUGCAGGAAGCUUAAAUUUAGCUUAAGUUUUAACGCCUAGGACAUCCCGAGCAGGAGUCAAAUCGAUCGGAUCGGUUCGAGCCUGGUUCAAUUAACGAUAACACGAAAAGAAUAUAAUUGUACAGUUUGUGAUAUACAUUGUUGUGAUAUUAAGAAUGGAGUGCUUCCCCCAGGAUGGGCAGGCCGCUAGAAGCGAAGGAGGGAGAGAUGAAUCCCGUUAUAUAUUUUUAUGAUAGUUAUUUUAAGGUGAUUUGAUUACGAGUAACAACUUGACGGUUUUCUACCAACAACGAUGGAUUAGUUUUUUUUUUUUUAUGGGAUUGCCCUGGUUUAUUUCUUUUUAUAAUGCAAGCCAUGAAAGGAGCGGUUUUAGGUUUACAAGCAGCGACGAAAUUUUAUAUUAACUACAGAAAAGGAAAGCUGGGAAAAGAAAUGUGAAUCAAAUUGACAAAUGGCUAUUUUAACGAUAGAUAGAAGGAAUCGUCAGAUUGGGAGAAUAUAAUUAUGUAAAAGUGAGAAAUCUGUAAGAUGUGUUGAUGAAAUAAAUACAACAUCAAGUUUAA